GGAGAGGGGGGGCGGUGUCUAUGAGGUCACGCAGGUAGCGGAAGUGACUUCAUGUCCGGCGGGCUGCGGCGCUGGGAGGGGAGCGGGGCGCGGAGCGGAGCGGAGCCGGGAGCGAGCGGCCGAGCAGGCGGAGCAGCGCGGAGCAGCGCGGAGCCGGCACCCGCGGCCCUUCCCUCUGCGUGCAGACUUGAAAGGCGCAGCCAUGAAAGACCCGAGUCGCAGCAGCACUAGCCCGAGCAUCAUCAGCGAAGACGUGAUCAUCAACGGUCACUCUCACGAGGACGACAAUCCCUUUGCGGAGUACAUGUGGAUGGAAAAUGAAGAGGAAUUUAACCGGCAGAUCGAAGAGGAGUUGUGGGAAGAAGAGUUUAUCGAGCGCUGUUUCCAGGAGAUGCUGGAAGAAGAGGAGGAGCACGAAUGGUUUAUUCCAGCCCGUGACCUCCCGCAAACGAUGGAUCAAAUCCAGGACCAGUUCAAUGACCUUGUUAUCAGUGACAGCUCAUCACUGGAGGAUCUGGUGGUCAAGAGUAAUCUGAAUCCAAACGCAAAGGAGUUUGUUCCUGGGGUGAAGUACUUAAAUAUUUGAGUAGACUGGGCCCUCUCUUGGUGGAUGUAGCACAAUUUCCACACUGUGAAGCCAGUAUUAGAAGAUUUAAUUGUAAAAGCUCUCUCUUCUUGUCACUGUGUUACACUUAUGCAUUGCCAAAGUUUUGUUAGUCUUGCAUGCUCAAUAAAAGUGCUGAGACUGUUAUUAAGUAAAAACCUGUCAAAAGUGUAAUGGAUCCAUCCUUGGGCCUGGCUCUGCGGAGGCGGCAGUGAGGUAAGAAGCACCAGUCAAGUUGAGCCUAAAGUACCACGUUCAUCAAACCUUCUGCAGACUCUGUCUUUUCAAAUAGGAUUUGCUGAGGAUGGUCUGUUUUUACCGAAUGAUGUGUUAACUGGUGCUAGUUUGCACCCUGCUAAUGCCUUAACUUAAAAAUGAAAGCGAGGAUAUCUGAUUGUUAUGCAAAUUAGCUAACUUUCCUUUGAAAUAUUGUUACUAAUGUUAAUUUUCCCCCUUAAAAAACUUGCGUGCUCCUUGGAGGCAGCACAAGCUUUAACAGCGAUUUUACAGACCUGUGCAGAGUCGUAGAUCUCAGCUACUGAACUAACACCCGCGCGGCGGGAGGAAGGAACCCCCGUCCUUUGCCCUGCGGUAUCAUGUUCCAAACGCUUCACUUCCCCAUGACGUUAAAGGAGAUGUGAGUUUCAUCACGAUUUCUUCCAAGAACCCGGUUCCGUACAUAGCACUGCCUACGGAACUUUUAGCGUACUACUUUAUUAGAGCUGGAUUUAACAGAGGAAACCCUAGCGUUAGUGAUUUGAGUGGUGCUUUUCCCUUGCUUUGUUUAAUCAUCACUACACAAUAGUCUACAGCACGACGACUUUUUUUUGUUUGUUAUUUUUUCCUUUUAAUAAAGCUAGAACAGUUUUGGCUUCUUAAACUUCAUAUUCGGGUAGGUUAAGCUGCCAUACGUGUUCAGUGUGAAUAGUGUUUAAGUUGAAAAUAUUGUAAAAAAAUUAUAUUUUUUCAAAAAUAUUUAAAAAAAUAAAAUAAUAGUAGAACCGA